GGUCACGGGCGAGCGCGGUCCCCGCGGACCCGGGCCUGGGAAGGCUUCGCUUCCUGCAGUCGUCGCCCGUGCUGACCCCACUCUCUGCGCCCCUCCUGGGGCCGCCCUGCCUAGUGGAUUUCGGAAGACCAUGAAACGGUGGGGCACGCCCCUUCAGAAGCUGUUGUUCAAGACAAUCUAGUUUUGUUUCAUGAAUCUUGUAAGCCACUUAUGAAGUUUCUUGUUCAAAAAUUGCCGUACUGCAAUGAAGAAAAGGAGAAAGGUUACUUCAGAUCUUGACGAGAAGAUCCAUCUAGGCUAUCAUAAAGAUUCUUCAGAAGAAAAUGCUGCUGUGGAAUGUGGCCAAGUGACCUACACUCAGUCGACAGAAAGACCAACCCCUGAAGCUCUCCAGUGUUGCCAAGAGCUUCCCACCUCUCCGGAUCAGAGAAAGCUUUUGAGUUCUUUGCAGUACAAUAAGAAUUUGCUGAAGUACUUGAACGAUGAUAGGCAGAAGCAGCCGUCUUUCUGUGAUUUACUUAUCAUAGUAGAAGGGAAAGAGUUCAGUGCGCAUAAAGUAGUAGUUGCUGUUGGCAGUAGUUAUUUCCACGCGUGUUUGAGCAAAAAUCCAAGCACGGAUGUCGUCACCCUGGAUCACGUAACGCAUUCAGUUUUUCAGCAUUUGCUCGAGUUUCUUUACACAUCAGAGUUUUUUGUGUACAAAUACGAAAUACCUCUUGUUUUAGAGGCGGCAAAAUUUUUGGACAUUAUAGACGCAGUGAAGCUGCUGAAUAAUGAGAACGUUGCUACGUUUCAGGCGGAACUCACUGACAAGUCGUCCCCAGAAGAGACACUAAAUGAAUUAACCGGAAGGCUGUCUAACAAUCAUCAGUGCAAAUUUUGUAGUAGGCAUUUCUGCUAUAAAAAGUCCUUAGAGAACCAUUUAGCUAAGACUCACAGGUCCCUGUUACUGGGGAAAAAACAUGGGUUAAAAAUGCUGGAGCGCAGUUUCUCUACUCGGAGGUCCAAGAGGAAUCGGAAGUGUCCCGUGAAGUUUGAUGACACCAGUGACGAUGAACAGGAGAGUGGGGAUGGGUCAGACAAUUUGAAUCAGGAAAGUUUUGAUAAGGAGAGGUCGGAUAGGAAUGACUCCGAGGACCCUGGAAGUGAAUAUAAUGUGGAGGACGAGGAGCUGGAGGAGGAAGUGUCAGAUGAGGAGUCUGACACCGAGCAGAGUGACAAAGACAAUGACGCAGAAGAGGAGCCCGAGGCUGCUGACUCUGCAGGAAGCAUCCACGAAGGGUUGGCUCCCGUAGUCAUUCAGAACAGCAAUAAGAAGAUCCUGCAGUGUCCCAAGUGUGAUAAGACAUUUGACCGGAUAGGGAAAUAUGAGAGCCACACCCGUGUGCACACAGGUGAGAAGCCCUUUGAGUGUGAUAUCUGUCACCAGCGUUAUUCGACCAAGUCUAACCUAACCGUUCACAGAAAGAAGCACAGCAGCGAGGUGGAGUUUCAUAAGAAGGAGCACAAGUGCCCUUACUGUAAUAAGCUGCACGCGAGCAAGAAGACGCUCGCCAAGCACGUCAAGAGAUUUCAUCCUGAAAAUGCACAAGAAUUUAUUUCCAUUAAGAAGACUAAGAGCGAGAGUUGGAAAUGUGAUAUUUGUAAGAAAUCUUUUACUCGAAGACCACACUUGGAAGAACACAUGAUUCUGCAUUCACAAGAUAAACCUUUUAAAUGUACCUAUUGUGAAGAACAUUUCAAAUCCAGAUUUGCACGGUUAAAGCAUCAAGAGAAGUUCCAUCUAGGACCCUUCCCAUGUGAUAUAUGUGGUCGUCAAUUCAAUGACACUGGAAAUUUGAAACGUCAUAUAGAAUGUACUCACGGUGGAAAGAGAAAAUGGACUUGCUUUAUUUGUGGGAAGUCAGUUCGAGAAAGAACUACUUUGAAAGAACAUUUGAGAAUACACAGUGGAGAAAAGCCUCAUCUUUGUAGUAUCUGUGGGCAAAGUUUUCGUCAUGGAAGCUCAUACAGGCUUCACUUGCGCGUGCAUCAUGAUGAUAAAAGAUACGAGUGUGAUGAAUGUGGGAAGACAUUCAUUCGCCAUGACCACCUCACAAAGCACAAAAAAAUACAUUCAGGUGAGAAGGCUCAUCAGUGUGAAGAGUGUGGAAAGUGCUUCGGUCGCAGGGAUCACCUCACUGUCCAUUACAAGAGUGUGCAUCUGGGGGAGAAGGUGUGGCAGAAAUAUAAAGCAACAUUUCAUCAAUGUGAUGUUUGUAAGAAGAUUUUUAAAGGAAAAUCAAGUCUGGAAAUGCAUUUUCGGACACAUUCAGGUGAAAAACCAUACAAGUGUCAAAUUUGCAAUCAGUCAUUUAGAAUUAAGAAAACUUUAACAAAACACCUGGUUAUUCACUCUGAUGCUCGGCCUUUCAAUUGUCAACACUGUAAUGCAACAUUUAAGCGGAAAGAUAAGCUGAAGUACCACAUUGACCAUGUUCAUGGGAUAAAAUCUCCUGAUGAUUCUCUCAGUACUUCUGAGGAAAAACUCAUGUCUUUGCCAAUAGAGUACUCAUCUGAUGAUAAGAUCUUUCAAGCAGAAACAAAACAGUAUCUGGACCAGCCCAAAGUUUAUCAGUCGGAAGCCAAGACUAUGCUACAGAAUGUGUCUGCGGAAGUAUGUGUUCCAGUAACAUUGGUCCCAGUUCAGAUGCCUGACACAUCCAGCGAUCUGGUGUCUCAUACCACCACACUCCCCACAUCGUCCCAUGAGAUGCUACCACAACAGCCGCAGCCAACUGAUUAUCCUCGUGCAGCAGACUUAGCAUUUCUGGAAAAAUACACUCUUACUCCUCAGCCUGCAAAUAUAGUUCACCCAGUCCGACCUGAACAGAUGCUAGAUCCUAGAGAACCGUCUUAUCUUGGGACAUUACUGGGCCUUGAUAGCACAACUGCUGUUCAGAAUAUGUCCACUAGUGAGCAUCGUUCAUGAGUCAACAUUCCAUAGACCUCUUGAUGCUUGUAAGCUGACAGUCAGAAGCUACUGGCUUUGAAUGAGUAGGGCUGCUAUUUUUUCUCCAUUUUUUUUUUUUUUAAAUAAUUUCUCAAGUCUUCAGAACAGCUUCAAAUCAAGAAAAGUUUAUUUCUAUUGACUGAAUACUUGGACACAUUUUAACAUGAUAUUAGAAGUAUGAUUUUUUUAAAAAAGAUCAUUUAGUACUAAUUUUGAAAUUUUAAAAUUUCAGAUUAUUAGCUGCUGACAAUGGUGGAGAUAUUUUUUAAAUCAUCAGUGGAAAUUUUUUCUCUUUCUUUCUUUUUGUUUUUUUGAGACAGGGUCUUAGUUUGUAGCCCAGGGUAUCCUCAGUUUGUGACAGACUUUCUGCCUUAGCCAACCAAUUGCUAGGAUUAUAGGUGUGAGCCCAAGCCGAGGUUUUUACUUCUAAUCAUCUAUUUUCUCUCUUUCCCAUAUUGCUAUGAAGUUUUAAGAACCAUGUAGUCUAUAGGAAGGAAUGUAAACAUAUGUCAAUAAUGGCAAAAUUUUAAUACUAAUUAAAUAUUUCAUUCAGAAUUUCAAAAUUGAGUUUAGAAACUUAUUGAAAUUUCUUACAAUUUUUGUAAGAAAAUCUUGAUACUUUCAGGUUGUCAUCUAUCUAUUGUUUUUGUCAUUAUAUUUGGGUUUUUCACAAGCCAAAAUCCAAGAGCUAACAAAUACAAGGUUAGCAUGUUAAAUGAAAUGUAAAAUUUGUUAUUUUAAUCCAGAUAAUUGGACCUGUAUUCAACUAUCUUAAGUAAUAAAUACAAACUUAGAUCUAGGCACUAAAUUAUCUAAUUGAAUAUAUCUUAAUGAAAAUAUGUCAGUUUCACCUAUAUAUCAGUAUACAUGUGCAUUUGUAUUUGACCACUUAGUCCACAUUCAUAGUCUGUUUCAGCAUCUACAGAUGUAUAAAGAAAGACAAGUGUAACUAAAUCAAUGGCAGUUCAAUCAAAUAAUGUAGUUAGCAUUUCAUUUCCCACAUUUGGCUGAUUGAAAUAGGGAAACAGAACCUAGAUAAUCAGAAAAGGUGCCAAACCCAUUCUUAGAUUUGCCCUAACUUAACAUGAUGCUCAGUGCAGUACCGUUUGUGUAUAGACUGACACUUAAACCAGAUCUUUAUUUUUGCUUUUGUGUGGAUUUGUCUCUAUUCUUCAUCCUUGUUUUUGGAUGAGGCAAUGGUUGAAUUCUUGAUGAAAGGAAAUAGGAAUUACAGGAGCACUUCACAGAUUAAGCUUAGGUGAAGAAAAAAAUCUGCCAGAAGUAUGAAAUACCUUUAGAGAUGGGCAUUUUGCAUUUUUUUCAACUCACUUUCAUCUUAUGUAGGAUGAGGUUUGUCUUGUGGGGUUGCUGAUGCUUACACAGGCAGGGUUGACUCACUGUUAACAUGCAGUUUGUAUGUAAACUACUGGAAAAGUAGCAGUUUCAAACUUUUUCCUAUUUCAAUUUGUUUACACUGCUAAUUGCUUUUAGCACUUUUUUGUGUGUGAAUGUGUGUGUGUAAACUGUAAGGUCUUGCCUGGCCCUUGUGGGUUUUAAAAACAUAUCACAAAUAAAAUGAUGAACUUUUAGUGGAUAAAAUGUAAGCAGUAAGGAGGAAACUGUUGAAGCACUUAAGAAACAAAGGUACUUUAUAGGAACAGUUGCCAUAUAAUGUUCAAAGAGCAUGUUGCAAAUUGAGGCACUAACCAAAGGAGCGAAGAUAAAUGAUAGCUAUAACCCCUGAGUUUGCCUCACUUAUCAGAGUUUGGUUGUUGUAAUUGUCUUUGGAUCAGUGAACUUAAUUUUAUAUUAUUUCUUAUUGCUAAAGCAUUCUUAUUUACUUAAUGUAGAAAUGUUCUGUGGGGACUAACCAUGGAGCUUGAGUCUGAGGCACUAUGAGUCCUAGACUUAUAAAUCAAGUUCAAGAGGACAGAUUUGCGAUUUUUAUCCUAAAGGCAGAUAAGGUUUUUAACUAAAUAUCUUACCUAUGAUGAAAUGAAAACAUCAUACCUAUAAAAUGUACUUUGCUUUAGAGAUAAGCUAAUGUAGAAAAAUUAGGGUUUAUCAGAAAAGGCAAAUGUUAUAUAUGUGUUUAUGUGCAUGAUAAAUUGUACAUUUUGGCAGAAAAGGAGGCUACAACAUUUCACAGUGGAUAUAUUACCUUGGGUUUUGAAGGUAUUUAAGGUUCUUUCAAUAAUGAUACUUUAACAUGUUAAAUAUAUGACUUAAUUUUAGGAAUUGGUUUACAUAGGACUUUUUAUGAAUAUAGCUCUUAUGUAAAGUGACAUACAAUUGUAUAAUUGUACUUAGCUGUUGUAGUAGAAAAGCUGGAAUAGUGUCUGUUAUCUAAAAUAUUUUCACAUGUUAUCUCAUUUGAACCUCGUAAGCAGUUUUGAAAUAGAAAGGAAAUGACACAUUUCCAUUUUAGAGAGAUAGGACUCAUGGUGACUCUACUCUCAUGGCAGAACUGCCUUUAGUGGAAGGAGGAGACCCAUAGCAUUAACCAGUGCUUACUAGGUCAAGUCCUACGUUCUCUUGGUCCUAUUGCAGGCUGGAGGUAGAUAGUUUAUAUUUAGGAAGAAAUAUUUAGGAAGAAAUAAGUAAACCCACAAUAAUGAAAAAAAUUACCUGUUCCCUCUGGUUUCCAAAAAUGUAAGAACAUGGAUUUGAGUAAGCUGAAUGUAUAUUAGUAUUUUAAGUUGGCACGAAAAUUAUAAAAUGGGCCCCACUCUUCUUAGUUGACCUUUUUAUGACUCUAAAAUCAUUAUUUUGUAACUAUGGUUAAAAUUUUGAAUCUCACAAGUAAGUUUAGCCUCAUUGUGAAUAUUUUAUUUUGUGAGUAUAAUUUAUUAUUUUAAAUUAAUUUUGAUAGAUAUGUUAGCACUUAAUCUGUAAAUUGAAUAAGUUAUUGAGUGCAGAAAUUUAUUAACUUACUGUCUCUGACUUAAUGCACCAAAGAUUUUGAGUAGGUAUUGAAUAGUUUAAAAGAAUUUAAAUUCUUUGUUGUUUGACUAUAUAUUUGUCCAAAGAAGCACAGCUGAAGUCCUUGGAUACUGAAUUUUAAAAAUUGUUAGUUUGAAUACUGAGAUUAAGUAUUAAGUGUUUGUGUUUAUAUGUAUAAAAUAAGUAGAGGAAAAUACUCUGGGAACAUUCAUACUGACCAACCAGUUACAAGUGAGAGUACUCAUUUCUCUCAGUUUAGUUGAGUACAGUUUUUUAAUGAACACUAUUCAAUAAUUUUAUAUUUUACACUACAUUAUAAAAAUAAUUUCUGCCUUAGAGGUUUUUUGGUUUUGACAGCCUAAAAUACCACUUAACCCGUAGGAUUUGUUCCUCAUGCCAGCAAGAUACCUUCAAGCUACCACAAAAGUAGAAAUGUUUGCAGACUUUUAAUUUAGAACUUUACUGCUGGGCAAAAGAGGAAUAAAAAAAAAUACCAUUUUAAACUGGUGCUUUAAUAAACUGACUGCCUUUUAAGUGAUGGUAACAUAAAAGAAGUACACUAAUUCCUUUCAACUUUAAAAAAGUGUCAAAACCACCUUUAUGGAGUGACUAUAAAGUAUUAAGGGCUAAUCAGUUCCACCCGUUGCUUUUCACUCAAUCACAGGUUACCUAAACACAACUAACCUGGUACAUUUAUGAGCUUGAAUGUUCUUCCUACAAUAUCACUCUAAUUUAUUAUUUAUCAAGAGGUUUUGAACAUUAGUUCUUUACGAGUGUCCUUUUAGACCAUCUUUUCUGAAUCGAAUACUUUGUACUUUUUCAGAGAUGUGUAGUUAUGUAGCAUUUUUCUCUGUUGCCUAGAUUGUACUGGUAAAUAAAUGAAUUGUUCCUUUUGUUUUAUUUUUUUGGUUCUGAGUCUUAAUAUUCCUGUUGCCUGCUGGCUGGGCAACAGCCUUUUAUGUGUUAUGUUAACUUAGGAAAAUUGGCGUUGAGUGGUAGUGUGGACAGUGGUCUUCAGAAUUUACAUGUCUUCUUUUAAGUUUGUACUGUGGCCUUUAUAGCUACUGGAGUCACUCCUCAGCCUGUCUGGAUGUUUAGCAGAAUCUGACAGAAGAAUAGUAUGCCUGCUCCUCUUGUUAAUGUCUAUCUCUGAUUGCUCUCCUUUUAAGUGACUUGUUAGGAGGAACACACAGCUCUAAACUGAAGACUUAGUUCACCUUUCCUGAACUGAACAUGGUUGACGGUGUGAGAAGAGCUGCUGUUAGCAAGCAGCAACAUCCUAGUCAACACCUAACUUGAGUUGAUGACUCAGGAAAAAGCACGGCUUUUCAAUAGUCAUGUUUGGACAUAUUUAGUGCCAAAUUUAAAAAAGACUGAAAAUGCAUUACUUAAUAAGGAGUAAGUACUGUUUCUAAAUACUUAAGUAGAAUUAUGUUAAAUCUUACCUGCUAUUAGUGUGAGUAAUGGAUUGAUUAUAAUUUUCUACACAGCAUAUAGGUACUAGACAAUUCUACAUAUCCUACUCAUUUCUUUUGCCCAUUUUUCUUUUAGUAAUCUCUGUGUGUUCUUUUUUGGUGUCUUUCCAUGUUUCUUACAAGUUUUACUUACCAUACUUUCCCUUAUGGCAUCUCGUGUUUUGUGCUUCCUCUUUGGAAGUGGAUCACUAUUACUAAAGCAAUAGGAUUAGAUUGUGUGGAAGUUGGGAGGAGGAGGAGGAUUUGGUAGGGCGGGUGUGUUUAUGUUCAACUAAUUCAUGCUUUAACUUACUGUAUAUUGAUCUUAAGUCUAUGACCUUUGAAAGAUCCCCAAGGCAUUUAUGCAGAGAGAAUUUAAAGAUGUUAUUUGGAGAACAAAUGUUACUUAAGAUGAAAACCUUUUGAAUUUUCAAGUAAAGCUAAGCAAUUUCAAUAUUUGCAUUACUGCUGGAGAUUUUGAAACGUCUCUUGAAUGAAGAGCAUGUGCACAUCUCAUUGUCACUAUGCCUCUCUGAUAUUCCUGCUUGUAUAAAGUUGAAUAAUGUACUGUGGUGUGAUCCCUUAUCCUUUUAACAAUCAGACUUUUCUCCUUGUAAGUAAAACUACUACAAUUGAUGAGUGUGAUUGCCAACCGCUGGAUGUUUAGCUGCUCAGUGUUCUGUCAUAACUGUUCUAUUUAAGGGAGAAACAGUGUAUAUUGAAAUAGAAAUGCUUUUGUUUUCUGUCUCUAAUCUGAAUUUUUUUUUUGAAUUAAGGACAGUCUUAAAACCAAUUGCAAAGGAAAAUCAAAAAUGUCAAAAUUCAUUAUUUUCCACUGUAAGAAAAAUGUCUUGAGUUUAGUAUUUUGUUUGUCUCGUGUUUCUUAAAUAUAAAUGUCUUUAUAGCAAACAUUCAGUUCUUUGUGAGGAGAUGACAUCUUGCAUAUUAAAUUAGUUCUUUGUGUUAUUUUGAUAUUUAAAAUAAACAGAGUUCUUUGGUCCUAGUAAAGCACAUCCAGGUUCUUUUCAAAUUACAUUUUUCAGAGUAUGGAUCACAAUGUCUUCAGCAAGUGUCUAUAAAACCAUGAACAAAUGCAAAACCAAGUAUCUUGGGAUCAUUUUUGAAACAAUUCUAAUAAAUUACAUAUUAUUUAAAAUAUAUUUAUAAGUAUAUAUGAAAUGUAUAAAUGAAUGGACCUUAAUUUUUUCAGUGUUUUAUAUAUAAACUCAAGUAUUAGACAUUA